GGAUGAAGAGAAAAGCCCCGCCCCUCGACCGGCCGCAGCGGGUAAGGCGGUCGCAGCGCAGCGCGGCGGCGGAUUGGACGGCUGCGUAGGGUUCCCGGAGUCGCGUUUGACUCAUCGGUUCCGCGGCGUCGGCGCUUGUUGUGUGCGUCACUUCCGGGUGGCGCGGGACGGAGUGGCCAACGGUCUGGAAAGCAACAUGCCUAAGUUUUAUUGUGACUACUGCGACACAUACCUCACCCAUGACUCUCCAUCUGUGAGAAAGACACACUGCAGUGGUAGGAAACACAAAGAGAAUGUGAAAGACUACUAUCAGAAAUGGAUGGAAGAGCAAGCGCAGAGCCUGAUCGACAAAACAACUGCUGCAUUUCAGCAAGGAAAGAUUCCUCCUACUCCAUUCUCUGCUCCUCCUCCUGCAGGGGCGAUGAUUCCACCUCCCCCUAGUCUCCCGGGUCCUCCUCGCCCUGGUAUGAUGCCAGCACCCCAUAUGGGGGGCCCUCCCAUGAUGCCAAUGAUGGGCCCUCCUCCUCCUGGGAUGAUGCCAGUGGGACCUGCUCCUGGAAUGAGGCCGCCUAUGGGAGGCCACAUGCCAAUGAUGCCUGGGCCCCCAAUGAUGAGACCUCCCGCCCGUCCCAUGAUGGUACCCACUCGGCCAGGAAUGACUCGACCAGACAGAUAAGGAGAGACAGGAACCUGUUUAUAUCCAUUUUAUAUUACUUGUUCUUCACCAGGAGAUCAUGGUGCUGUGACUAUGGGUGUUUUCUAACAGCAUGACAAGGAAGACUUGCUCCCCCUUCCUAUCAAACAGAGAAUAGUUUUUGCAAGGGAGUAGUGGGACAAAAAAAAAAAAAAGCAAUUUCCAUUUGUAUCGUGAAAUGUGAAAAUAAAAUUGUCAACUGUUUUAGUUAAAAA